CCAUGGGAUAAAUGUAGUGACUUCUGCUUUCUUUUUUAAGUUUUACUUUUGUUUUUUACUUGGCCUUUUCCAUUAAACAGAUAAUGCUGUAGUAAACAUCUUCAUGCACAUAGCUGAAUAGCUUUGAUUUCCAUAAGACACAUUCCUAUAAGUGAGACUGUAGUUACAUGGGGGGGAUUUGCAUUUUGAAAAAUGGGGACACAAGCACAGCUUAAACUUUUUAAAGUUUUAGGGCCAUAACUCUUGGAGGCAGUUUUAGGCCUUUGCUCAGAGUAUAUGUUCAGAGAUCCAUGAGAGGUUUCCUAAGGGGUUAAUGUACUCACAACCUUCUAAAAAAACCCUAAGUGGAGGAGAUUGAGGUGUUCUCAGAGUUCAUUCUACUGGAAGUCAAGGUACACAAAUGUCAGGGUUCCACUUGUAACCCAUCAAAAAAAAAUAAGACUAUAAGAACUGCAUACCCAUUCAACCCUAUCUUGUCUUUCCUAUUUCGCUGCUGCUUCUACCUCCAGGCAAUCACAGAAAUAGCAAUAAAACUAGCUUGUACUUGCUGAGCAGUAGUGUGUGCCUGGCACUGUGCUAAACAUCUUACAAGCAUUUAUUCAUCUCAGACUCAUGAGGUAGAAGCCCUUACCCUCCUUUUAACAACAGGGAAACUGGAAGACACAGAGAAAUAAGCUCACCCAAGUCUUAGAACCAGGAAUCUAUGGUACCAAGAUAACAGCCAACAUAAUUAGGCUCUUCCAUGGACUCUGCAGUAUUGAUAGUGACCUUGGCCUUCUGGGAAAGUGCAAGAUGUUCUCACUCAGUGCUGGUGUACAGGCUGAAAUUCUCCAUGGGUGGAUGUUACCUUCCUCAGCUCCCAGAGUGCAGUGUUCUGUAUGGGCCACGGAGCAUAUGGCUCUGUGAGGCAGCUCAGAUUUUCAGGUGAUGAAAUUGCCUGAUGACACAUGGCAGUAGAUUUUGGUUUGUAUGAAGAGCACUUUUCUAAGUACUCCAUGCAAUGAGACCCUCUGAAGCUGGUCUGGGGUCACCAAAUGGACUUCCAGUUUUGGGUUUGGGUACGGAUAUAGUACAUAAACAGCAAUGCACAUUCAUUCCUACUGGGAAGGUGGCAUUUUCAGCCAGCUGUGAAAAUCUUAGGGAGAGUCACUCUUGCUUUCUGUGUUUAUGUUCCAGGUGGACUUAGUAGUUUUAAGCAGAGCCAUGAAAACCUCUGUGACAACUCCCUCCAGCUCCAAGAGUGCAGGGAGGUUGGGGGCAGUGCAUCUGCGGCCUCGAGCAUGCUACCUCAGUCUGUCCCCACCACCCCUGACAUCGAGAACGCAGAGCUGACGCCCAUCCUGCCCUUCCUGUUCCUUGGCAACGAGCAGGAUGCUCAGGACCUGGACACCAUGCAGCGGCUGAACAUUGGCUAUGUCAUCAAUGUCACCACUCACCUUCCUUUGUACCACUACGAGAAAGGCCUCUUCAACUAUAAGCGGCUGCCAGCCACUGACAGCAACAAGCAGAACCUGCGGCAGUACUUUGAAGAGGCUUUUGAGUUCAUUGAGGAAGCUCACCAGUGUGGGAAAGGGCUUCUCAUCCACUGCCAGGCUGGCGUGUCCCGCUCUGCCACCAUUGUCAUCGCCUACUUGAUGAAACACACACGAAUGACCAUGACUGAUGCUUACAAAUUUGUCAAAGGCAAACGACCAAUUAUUUCCCCAAACCUUAACUUCAUGGGGCAAUUGCUGGAGUCUUCAGAGUGCAACAAAUACUUCUACCUGAACGACAGCAAUCAACACUAG